AAAAACCCUAAAUCUCCCAACAAACCUCCUUAUAAAUUCAUAAUCUUCAAAACCCUAGUCUCUCUCCUCUGCCGUCUCUCCCACACCCAGAAUUCCCAACCUUCCACCAUGACAACCCGUUUCAAGAAAAACAGGAAGAAGAGAGGCCACGUGUCAGCCGGACACGGUCGUGUGGGAAAACACAGAAAACAUCCAGGAGGUAGAGGUAAUGCUGGAGGUAUGCAUCACCAUAGAAUCAUGUUCGAUAAAUACCAUCCAGGGUAUUUUGGUAAAGUUGGUAUGCGUUAUUUUCAUAGGCUUCGUAACAAAUUUCAUUGCCCCAUAGUCAACCUUGAUAAGCUUUGGUCAAUGGUACCUGAUGACGUCAAAGAGAAGGCUUCUAAAGAAGGGAAAGCACCGGUUAUUGACGUCACUCAGUUUGGGUAUUUUAAGGUUCUUGGUAAAGGUGUUUUGCCUGAUAAUCAAGCUAUUGUUGUUAAGUCUAAGUUGAUUUCUAAGAUUGCUGAGAAGAAGAUUAAGGAGAAUGGUGGUGCUGUUCUUCUUACUGCUUAAUUUUUAGAAGAGGGUUUUGUUUUUUAUGCGGAAAUGAUAUACAAGUAUUGUUUUUUUGGAUUAGAUCUGGAAUUUUGAGAACUCUUUUGAUUGUUGUUUAAAUGAAAUGGAAUUAGGUUUUGGUA